AUGUCCCUGAGGAACAUGCGCUUUGCCAAGGAGCACAAGAAAGGCCUGAAGAAGACGCAGGCCAACAAUGCAAAGGCAGUGAGAGCGCAAGCAGAGGCCAUCAAGGCCCUUGUGAAGCCCCAGGCCAUCAAGCCCAAGAUGCCAAAGGGCUCCAGCCGCAAACUCAGCCGGCCUGGAGCUGAAAUCUGUGAACAUUUGCCACACUCAGAAAAGGAACUAAGUGAAAACUCAGAUUCCCCUGAAGUUAGUCUUCUCUCAGGGACUUCUCUUAUGGCAUCUGAUUUGGUUACCUUAAAGGAGCAAUUAACCGAGCCAGUGAAGACCUUAGCAGUACCAAACACAUUUUCUGAGCCUGGAAAGAAAGUAACACUGACCUUGACUUCUAUAGAAACCAAAGAUGAAGAAAGCUCUCUUGAAACAUUUGUGUCUGCAUUAGAAAAGUUACUAGAAUCACCAGAAUAUACCCAAGAAGAAAGACUGCUUGAAAUAAUGAAUGACUUCAGUCCUCAAGAGUUCUUGAACUCAUUGAGCAAUUCCAUGAGUUCUGUCCCUUCGAGUGCCUUGUCAGCAGGCGAUAGAGAUGAACUAGGAAACAAGGCUGGUGCUGUGUUGCCAGCUCAAUUGCUGGCAGCCAUCAACACAUUGCCAGGUGCUGAUGUGGGACCCAUCUGUCAAGGACAAGAGAGAAGCAGCAGUGUUAGUGGUGGAAAUGGAUGUUUAGAAGUGCAGCCUGCUAUGUCUCAGAAAGAUGAAGAUUGUACACAAAUAGCACAGAAUAUAGAAGACCCAAAACCAUUUAGAUUACAAACAUUGACUCAUGAAAAUGCCACCUCUUAUGAACUACUAAACAAAAAGGAAAAUUCAGAUUCCAUGAAAAACACCUCUACCCAGAAAACACCUCGUGUACUAAGAAGAUCAUCUAGACUGGAAAAACUAAGAGCAAGCAGAGAUGUGCAUACAGAUGUCAUAUUGGAGAGGCCAGAGAGGAUUUUAUCAGAAGCACUUAGCUGUAAGGAUCGAAUAAAUAGCAUAUUUACAACUGAGAAUUUCAGUAAAAGGAAGAACAUGCAUUCAUCCAGAUUCAAGAAUGAACAGAUAAGGAAAAGUGAACAACUUAGAAUAAAAAAUGAAGUGACCACAGCUGGAAUCAAUAAGAGAAAUGCCAAAGGAGAGAGCCGGCUCCAUGUGGCUUCCACAGGAGGAAAUCUUUCCCUGGUGAAAAUGCUAAUAGAAUCUGGAGCAGAUGUGAAUCUCAAAGAUAAUGCAGGUUGUACACCCCUUCAUAAGGCAUCAAGUGGUGGAUUUGAUGAUGUAAUUAUAGAGUUAUUAAAAGCUGGUGCAAAUGUGAACUGUGAAAACGUAGAUGGGAUUUUGCCUUUACAUGGUGCUUCUGCAGGGAACCAUUUAAAGGCAGCUGAGAUACUCCUAGAACAUGGAGCAAACCCUAGUCAGAAAGAUCAGAAACAGAGGACUGCUUUGGAUGAAGCAGAUGAUGAAAAAAUGAAAGAACUACUAAAAUCUCAUGGUGCUAUUGAGACCGCUCAUGGAGAAGAGAGGAGCUCUAUAGUUCCAGUAAAAAUUCCUGCUAUUCGCCCAAAAAGAUAUAAGCCUUUUAUCUGUGACAAUGACAAAGCAGUUGGUUCUCCUGCUCCCUCACAUAAAGCAAAGAGGACUGAGAGCCGACCUGUGCAUCAGACCAUCAGUGCCAUUCUAAAAGAUCUAGAAGAAAAACAGGAAACCUUACUGAAGUUUGAGAUAAGAAACUCUGAAGAUGAAGAACAAUACAUUGAAAAGAUGUUAGACAUAAAAGAAGUUAUGGAUAAUAUACUUGCUCAACAGAAAACAGAAAGGGAUGAUCUAGCUAAAAAAUACAGGGUAUCCAUGGAGUCAUUUAAACAUGGGGCCCUGAGAGAACAACUGGCUAACUUGGCCACAAGACAAAAGAGUCUUUUAGUUGUAGCAAAGAAACAAAAAAAGAUAAGACUGAAAAUUCAAAACUAUAAGACUGCCACACCAUCAUCUGGUAUUAAUUUAAGGAAGCUGCCAUGUAACUCAGACAUCUCCAGUGACAAGACCAGCCAAGAUCCUCCUAGAGUGGGAAACUCAGCUCUUGUCCAGUCAGGCUCACUUUCUCCUACCAAUCUUGCUUAUAGAAGUAUGCAAGAAAUGCCAUUUUCUCCAGAAAUACAGAGUGACAGCCAGAAUACUAACAUUUGUUUGAAUGCAGAGGCAAUAAGAGGAGAAGAAUUCCCUGGAAGUGACACAAAUUCUAAACAAAAUGUCCAGGAUUGUGCCUCAGGUGGGUUAUUAAAAUCCACCUCAGAUGGCACUGAGAAAAUGACAUCAUCAUCCCAACCUAUUGCUCUUACUUCUCAAGCAGAGUAUUCACAAGCAGAGAAUUUUUUUCCAGAAACUUCAGUCAAAGGCUAUGGAUUUGAUGCUCCUUCACUAACAGGCACCAUAAAUAUUUCAGAAGAUAAAAGUAUAUUUUCCCAAACUGAUGUCUGUCUACCGGCUUUUCCUCAGAAUCAGGACCUUUCCCGUUGUAAACCAAAAAGAAGAAACAAGAGAACAGGUUCCCAGCAACCAUCUGAGGGAGCAUCUAAGCCUCUGGCGCAGACUGUUGCUGUCUUAGAUACCUACACUGCGCAUCAGACAAAGCCGUGUCUUAAGAAAUCAGCUUCUGUUGCUUUGAAUGCAGACGGCAUGCAAAUCUCUCCUCCCUCUGUGCCUGCCCAUCAACCUUCUUCUAAAAAGGCUCCACACCACGGCACAACUCCCAGAAAGAAAACUGUGCAACUGAAAGACUUGAUUUUACUUGGAAGAAUUAAUCCAGGAAAUAACGUUCUGGAAUUUAAAACCCAGGAGACCACCCACAGAGCCAGUGUUUUACUGAGUGGUAAACUGAAGGUAGAAAAUGGUCAGGUUUACCAGAACCCAGUUACCUGGCUCAAGGAUGUCCUGGGAGGUGGCAGUUAUGUGACCUGGAAUUACGCUUGGAAUAAGGUAACAUACCUUGGAAAGGAGCUUUUGAAGUAUGUUUCUGAAGCACCUCCUGUUUCUGCAGAACCGCAUAGCACAUCUCAGCAGCACCAGCCUUGCCUCUCAGCAGGCACUUCCAGAGAGUCGAUGCAAAUCAUCCCUCAUUAUCUACAGAUAAAAGAAAUACUUCUAAUCAGCGAUCAAGAGCUUCUGCCGUGCCAUGUGAUGGAGCAGCAUUGGAAGUUCUAUGUGGGAUGCCUGGAAAUUGGAUCUACUGAGGCAGUCAAGAAAACAGGAAAAGCUGUGGUCUGGCAUCUGGGCUCAGCUGGGAAAAGUUUCAGCACCAAAGAAGCUUAG